AAAAAAUGGUCAGCCUUGAGUGGACCGUAAAGAGAGAGAGCACUAUAUACGAUUUCAAUUGAAUUCGGAAUCGUUCGUUGUUUUCCUCGAUCUCAUCUGGCUCCCAUUUUUGAAGAAAUUGUGCUAUAACUGCUGUGAACAUCAUCCUUUCUCUCUCUCGUCUUCUAUAAGGAAAGCUUCACCGGACUGGUUUAACGACAAUCAUCUGCUUCCAGAGGUCUCGGCUUCGAUUAUAGCUGUUUUCUAAGAAAUUUUGUGCAGAAAGGUUGCUGAAUUUAUGCAUAGAGAUAUGGAAGUGAAUGUGGAGAGUGAUCUGAAGGAACCACUUUUGCAACCUUCUGACAAUGUGAAAAUAUCUGUGUUAGAGUCCCAUGAUGGAGAUGGGAAAACUAAGACAAUCAUGUUCAAAAUUAGAGGCAUAGAGUGCGCAUCUUGUUCGAUUUCCAUUGAAACAGUGGUUGGGAAACUUGAUGGUGUACUAAGUGUGAUGGUUUCGCCAAUUGAAGGUCAGGCUAUGGUCAAAUAUGUGCCAGAACUCAUCUCUGCUGCAAGAAUUAAGGAAACAGUUGAGGACACAGGUUUUGAAGUUGAUGAAUUUCCAGACCAAGAUAUGGAUGUGUGUCGGCUUAGGAUUAAGGGGAUGGCAUGCACAAGCUGUUCCGAAUCUGUUGAAAGUGCUCUUCGAAUGGUUAGUGGUGUUAAAAAGGCAGAUGUAGGGCUGUCUUUGGAAGAAGCAAAAGUCCAUUUUGAUCCAAAUAUGACAAACACAGACCGCAUCAUUGCAGCUGUAGAGGAUGCUGGUUUUGGAGCGGAUCUCAUAAGCUCUGGAAGUGAUGUGAACAAAGUGUAUCUCAAGCUGGAAGGAAUAUGCUCUCUUGAUGAUUUAACCAUUAUCAAAUCUUCACUCGAGUCAUUGGAAGGUGUAAGUCAUGCGGAUAUGGACUUGGAAGAGAACAAGGUUGCUAUUAGUUAUGACCCUGAUGUCACUGGACCAAGGUCUCUUAUACAACAUGUUUGUGAAGCUGGCAAAGGUUCUUAUGGUGCCAAUUUAUAUGUUCCAGCAAAAGGAAAAGACACAGCAAGGCAGCAUGAAAUUCAGAUUUACAGAAGCCAGUUCUUCUGGAGCUGUCUGUUUUCCGUUCCUGUAUUUAUAUUCUCGAUGGUUCUCCCAAUGCUUCCUCCAUAUGGUAACUGGCUUAACUACAAGAUCUGGAACAUGCUAAAUAUCGGGAUACUCUUGAGAUGGAUCCUUUGCACACCAGUGCAAUUUAUCAUCGGCCGUAGGUUUUACAUGGGAGCUUAUCAUGCAUUAAGACGGAAAACUGCCAAUAUGGAUGUGUUAGUCGCAUUGGGAACUAAUGCUGCAUAUUUCUACUCUGUAUAUGUAGUUGUAAAAACUAUAACUUCAGAUACAUUUGAGGGGCAAGAUUUAUUUGAAACUAGUUCCAUGUUGAUAUCGUUUAUUCUCCUUGGAAAGUAUUUGGAGGUUGUGGCAAAGGGGAGGACAUCGAAUGCUUUGGCAAAAUUGACUGAACUCGCUCCUGAGACUGCUUAUCUUCUGUCAUUAGAUAGUGAGGGUAAUGUCAUUUCGGAGAUGGAAAUCAGCACUCAAUUACUGCAGAGGAAUGAUGUCAUCAAGAUUGUUCCAGGAGCAAAAGUUCCAGUUGAUGGUCUGGUUAUUGAUGGAAAAAGUCAUGUAAAUGAGAGUAUGAUCACUGGAGAAGCAAGACCAAUAGCUAAAAAACCUGGUGACAAGGUUAUUGGUGGUACUGUUAAUGAGAAUGGAUGUCUACUAGUGAAGGCUACACAUGUUGGCCAGGAGACUGCACUAUCCCAGAUUGUUCAAUUAGUUGAAGCUGCUCAGCUUGCCAGAGCACCCGUUCAGAAGCUAGCUGAUCAGAUAUCAAAAGUUUUUGUACCAGUGGUUGUUCUGGUAGCAUUUAUCACAUGGCUGGGAUGGUUUGUUCCUGGACAGGCUGGUAUUUACCCAAAAACAUGGAUACCAAAAGCUAUGAAUGCUUUUGAGUUUGCUCUGCAGUUUGGAAUUUCAGUUCUUGUGGUUGCUUGUCCCUGUGCUUUAGGACUUGCAACCCCUACAGCAGUCAUGGUAGCCACGGGUAAAGGUGCUUCACAAGGUGUGCUCAUAAAAGGCGGAACUGCUCUUCAAAAGGCUCACAAGGUAAAAACAGUAGUGUUUGAUAAAACUGGAACUUUAACUAUGGGAAAACCAGCUGUAGUAAGUGCAGUUCUGUUUUCCCAAUUUUCUAUGGCGGAGUUUUGUGAAAUCACCAUGGCUGUUGAGGCAAACAGCGAGCACCCAAUAGCGAAAGCGGUGGUUGCACAUGCGAAGAAAUUCACUACCAAAUUCGGUUCCAGAGUCGAACAUAUUACAGAGGUGAAGGACUUUGAAGUGCACCCAGGAGCUGGAGUAAGAGGAAAAGUUGGAGAGAGGAGGGUUUUAGUUGGGAACAGGAGGCUCAUGGGUGCUUUUAGUAUCUGUAUCAGUCCCGAGGUUGAAGACUACAUCUCAGAAAAUGAGCAACUGGCACGAACAUGUGUGCUUGUUGCUAUCGAUGCUAGAAUUGCGGGCGCUUAUGCAGUAAGUGAUCCAGUAAAGCCAGAAGCUUUGCGAGUGAUACAUUUCCUACAGUCUAUGGGCAUUGAAACCGUCAUGGUAACAGGUGAUAACUGGGCGACAGCAAAAGCUAUUGCCUUACAGGUUGGUAUCUCGAAAGUGAUUGCUGAAACUGAUCCACUGGGGAAAGCAGACAAGAUAAAGGAUUUACAGAAGGAAGGUUCAACUGUGGUGGCAAUGGUUGGAGAUGGGAUAAACGAUUCACCAGCCCUGGUGGCAGCUGACAUUGGGAUAGCCAUAGGUGCAGGGACAGACGUGGCUAUAGAAGCAGCCGAUAUUGUCCUGAUCAAGAACAACCUGGAAGAUGUGGUGACUGCCAUAGAUCUCUCUCGAAAGACAAUGUCACGUAUUCGGUUGAACUAUGUGUGGGCUCUAGGGUACAAUGUACUCGGGGUUCCAAUUGCGGCUGGGAUCUUGUUUCCCUUCACUGGGAUCCGUUUGCCCCCUUGGCUUGCAGGUGCAUGCAUGGCUGCUUCCUCUAUAAGUGUAGUAUGUUCUUCCUUAAUGCUGCAACUCUAUAACAAACCACUCAAUAUUGCCACCAAACUCUGAGAAAAAAACAUGAUUCUCGAAGGAUGUGGGGGGCAUGAAUGAACUUACAAUGCCAAUAUUAGGUCAUUGGCAUAUAUAAUUAUUGAUGCAAACAUCAUCAGUAAGUACCAAUAAUAUUAAUUUCAGAUAAAAAUAUUCACAAUAGGCAAAGAGUUCUUUGUUGGCGUCAAAGCAUGCUGCUAUACCAUAUAUUUCAACUGUAACACCAUGAGGCAUGUGUUUCCUGGUUAGUUUGGUCUUUUUUUAUUAUUAUAAUCUUUAGUCUCAUGACAAUGUAUUUCUUUGAAUUAGUUUUGUUUUUGUAACUCAGGCUGAAAACUAGUUUUGAAUUCUGUGAUG